AUGCUUAUUCUGUUGCUUGGAGUGGUCUCCACCGUUAGUUGUGCUGCUGUUGCUAGUAAUGUUGUUCAAAUUCCAUUGGAAAUCGAUAAUUCUAUGUAUACUGUUAAUUCGCUCAGUUUAGGACUACCAGCUCAAUCAGUGUCGAAGAUUGUUUUGGACACUGGGUCUUCUGACUUAGUUAUCACCCAUUCGGUAUAUGAUAUCACCAAGUCUACCAGUGCCAUUAAUUCUAACUUAACUUUCUCGAUGCAAUAUGGUUCCAGUGAUCUUUUCUAUGUUUUCGCAGUAAAUGAAACUUUAGUUGGUGAUGAUUUCAAAUUAUCAAAGUUCCCAUUGGGUUAUCCCAAAGACACUCUGAUUAGGGAUAUAGUUGGAUAUUCCGGGAUUCUUGGUCUUGGAUUCAGGGCUUUUGAGGCGUUAUUUCGUACUUCAAAUAAUGGUAAAGGUGUUGGGUAUGCUAAUUUUCCUCAGGCUUUGAAAGAGCAAGGAAUUACAAAAUCUUCCUUAUUUAGUUUGAAUGGUCAAUCGGAUAAUCCUUAUGUUAUAUUUGGUGGGGUUGAUACUAACGCUUAUGAAGGACCGUUGGUUAAAGUUCCAAUUAUUUUCAUUAUUGGAACGAAUUUUGUUCUUGAUUAUUAUCUGUACCUUGACGUUACCGUUAAUCAAGUUACAUUUAAUAAUAAGGAAGAUAAAACAGUAAUUGCAAAUCAACCUUUGGCUUACUGGAUGGAUACUGGUGCUGACUCUUGGUUAACAACUCCGGCGAUUUAUAAAAAUUUAUAUAAUUGUUUCCAAAAUACUAAAUUAGAAAACGAGAUAACUUGGAUUUUAAUUAAAGAAUUAAAAAAAAUUUCAAUUACUUUUAAUAUUGCCGGAUUCGACGUUACUAUUCCUUUAACUGAUUUGAUCGAUACUAAGAACGGUGAUUACGCUAGCUUGAAAAUAGAUUAUGCUACCAUUGGUACUGAAACUUACCAGAGUAUCAUUCCAAAUGCUGUUUAUAAAUAUAUGUAUACGGUUUUCGAUUUAGAUAAUGGGUUUGUCUAUUUGGGGAAAUCAUCCGGUAGUCAAAGACAAGUUAUUAAAUCAGUUACAAAUGCUGAAUUGCCGGUACCUACAACAACUUUGAAAGAGUAUACUAAUUCUUAUACUACUUUAUAUAAAGACUCUUUAGAAACAAUGGUUGCUUCUCGUCCAACUUCUUGCAAAAAAAAACAUUAG